AUGAACAAGACACGUGGUUAAUUUGUGGAUUUGCAGGAAUGCCAGAUUUCGAAUUGCGACUGGUUGAGGAGGGGUUACUUGGUGCCACUAGAGGACUCGUCCAGGGCCGCUGCGGUGGGAGGCAGAAAUGGGGCGCCAUCUGUAGCAACACAUUCGACCUGUCAACCGCUGGGCACGUUGCCUGCCGCGAUUUGGGACAGCCUCCCGCCAUUUCGGUAGGAGAGGUAGACCCCGGUGCGGUUUAUCCAGGGCACGCUCCCGACUACACGCUUUUCGUAGACAUCGGUUGUGUUGGGGACGAAGCGAGUCUGAGCGAAUGCGAACACUACUCGCUGCGGCAGUGCGAGAGUUAUGCCACUCUGGAAUGCUUUAACGGAACGAGGGAUAUCAGAGAUAUCGACAUUAAGCUGGUGAAUGGCAGAGCCCCCAACGAGGGGCGAGUCUUAGUCCGCUGGUCCUCAGACUUUGAAUGGACGGCAAUGUGCUUCAGUUUGAAUUACACCGAAGCCGUGGCUUUUGAGUUGUGCAGGUGGCUUGGUUACCCGUUUGUGUGCGGCAAGGAGGCGGCAGGGGCGGGGCGGACCGAUGACCCCUCCUUGGCGAACAUAUCCAGCGUGGCAUAUCUAACCACGUGCAGGUCAGACCCGAACGAUGUCUUCGCAGGGGGUUGCUCCCUCUCUGCGACGCCUGAUCCCGUUGAUGAGACUCCUUGUUCUCAUGAACAGGACAUGUGGUUAUCGUGUGGGUUUGCGGGAAUGCCGGACUUUGAAAUGCGCCUGGCGGAGGAGACAUCCGAUAGUUCCAGGAGACUCGUUCAGGGCCGCUGCGGUGGGAUACACAAUUGGGGCGCUGUCUGCGGUAACCGAUUUGCCAAGCAAAGGGCCGGACGUGUUGUAUGUCGAGAUCUUGGACUGUCUAAUUACUCCAUAUCGACAGGAGCACUAGCCUUGGGAGAGGUUGAUGCGCAGCUGGUGCCCGACUACAUGUUGUUUGUUGACAUUGGGUGUGUCGGCAACGAAUCGAGUCUGAGCGAGUGCGAACACUUCUCACUUAGGCAGUGUAACAGCUACUUCACAGUAGAGUGUUUUACCGAAAUUCGGGAGUAUGCAGAGACUGCUUAUCUGUGUGGUUCUAAGCAACUUUGUGGCCAAGAAUGCAAUCAACAGAUUCAUCCUCUACCGGACAGUACUGACGUAUUCCACUACUGCAAGUGCGACGACGCCUGCGUUCUAUUCGACGACUGUUGUUUCGACAGCGCCGAUGUUUGCGACCGGAUACCGCCAAGUUUAGAGCUUGGGGGAUUCACGGCUGAUUGGUUUGGCUGCGUCUGGGUACUGGGAAGUCAGUUCACUCACAUUGGCUAUGUGAUGGUCGACCGCUGCCCAGACGACUGGAGAGACGGAAGCAUGCGUUCUUUGUGUGACAAGCCCGUCGAUGCGACAGACGUCAUUGGGUCGAUGCCAGUCUACGACGAGCAAGGUGUGGAUUUUAAGAACAUCUUCUGCGCCCUUUGUAACGGCAGGUCUCUGAAUAGGUUAAACAGGUGGGAUGUUUUGGGUUCCGACAACGGAAUAGAAAGUACCGUGAACACAUAUUACCCAUCUCUAAACCAGACCCUACCGACAAAGGGCUGGGUUAGCAAUCCACCGGAAAAUCAUACAGAAAUACGUAAGUGCCCCGCUCAUGUCAUUGACACCUGUCUGGAUGAGUUUCGCGGCACUGAGACGGAGAGAGCUUGCAGAUCGUACUAUGCACCCAUACGAGCCGACGAGAAAAACAUUCGGUAUCGUAACCCACAUUGUGCUAUGUGCAACGGCAAGGUACUUGUGCCAGAUAACUCCUGCAUGGACCAAGUCUGUCGGGAUAAAUGCGAACCGGAACCGUGGGGUGGUUGCCAGAGUAUUUGCAGCCCGUACGACGACUUCUUCACAAUUGAGGUUCUCUUUGACUUCACCUCCUCCUCUUCCAUCAAUGGGAGGUCCUGCUCGGAAGGGCAGAUCUAUGAUCCAUUCCUAGAGAGGUGCCGAGUGCUGACGUGCGCAGCUGGGUAUCGAAUCAACGGCGACGAGUGUGUGGCAUACACUCCGGCAGAUCCGCCCAUAAACGGCAGUAAGGAGACAUCUGCGAUCGAAUGCUGGGCAAAGCGUCUUGGCAAAGACACAGCCGGCGGGCAAGCCUUAUUGGCAGGACAGACGAUCAUCAUGAAGGACCCAGAUGCGGACCAGUUGUCAGCUCUUGUUCUCCUAACCACCGCUGGUGAAGCGCUUGACAUUGUAGCAGCUUUUGAUGAUGCGCUUGAAUCAAUAGACAACUCAACUACACUUUCUGAAUUAUUUUGCAACAUAUCUACGCUGUCGAUUUUAGUGCCGUUUGCUUUUGCAGCUUCUAGUAACUGUCAGACUGUAAAUGGAAAUGAAACAUUCUCAGGAUAUGUUGGAAACCUUUUCGAGGUGGUAAGGUUUCAAGAUAUCGGACACAAGAUAGAGUACACAAAGCAAAGAGCAGAACCUCUAUGCCUGAAGGUUGCCGACCUGAAUUGCUCAUCUCUUCUGACAUUAAAGGGUUCCGAGUACAUGAUCUUGGCUGAUGAGAUUUUAGAAGUUGAUGUAAGCGGCAUUCGUAUAUCCGAGGAUGAAUAUGUUCGUUUCCCAGACGGAUCUGCAGUCACAUGUUCUUUCACAGAGCCGCUGCCCGAGGGCCUGGAGCAGAAGAUCAGAAGGGCAAUUUCCUUUGCAGGUAGCUGCCUGUCUUUGCUGGCACUUGCCGCCACUUUCGUCACCUACUGCAUCUUUCCUGAGCUCCGGAACACCGCAGGCAAGUCAACGAUGAACCUGGUGGUGGCGCUCUUCGUCGCCAUCUUGCUAUUUCUACUGACGGGCUACCUCAGGCAGAGCCACGUCGCUUGUGUAACCGGUGCCGUGGCGGCGCAUUUCGCCUGGCUGGCCGCUUUCUGCUGGAUGACUGUCGUGAGCUUUAACGUCGCUCGCACCCUGGCCUCCAAAGUAUCUCGGCCACGUCGUGGCAGAGGAAUCGAUCGUUCACUAGUCAACUACAUGUGUCUUGCCUGGGGGAUCCCCCUGAUCAUAGUGACCAUCUGUCUGGCCCUCCAGUUCUGCAACUGCACCCGCCUACCUACAAUCUACGCAGAGAGCAACAUCUGUUGGAUCACUGACGCCAACGUUCGCGUGGUCGUCUUCUUGGUACCGGUUGCGGUGAGCCUGGCUCUGAACCUCACCUUGUAUGUCUUCACAGUGAUCAACUUCUGGAGAAACAGGCAAUUAAGCAAGGCUGCUCGGAACCAAACAACGACGGACGCGGUCAGAGAAGAACUCUCCGUCUACUUAAAGAUCUGCGCACUUGUUGGCGUGACCUGGGUGUUCGGUUUCGUGUCUCAGUCAGUGACUGGCAUCGUAGUCUUCUCCUACAUCUACAUCCUUCUCAACUACCUCCAGGGAAUCUUCAUCUUCAUCGCCUUCUGUCUGAACAAGAGAGUCCGGGGUCUGUGGAGGCAGAAGCUGAGAAAGAUGCCGGCACACACCGGGAAGACAAAUAUAAAUCCGACUCCUCAUCAUCCGAAACAGCAAACGGACACAAUGUCCUCUGGGAUGCCCGGGACAAGUCAUUCGAAGAAGACCACAGAAAGCACCCAUCUGUAAAUCUUGUCUCUCCAACCUGGGGGCUCAGAACAAUAAAAGUAUCAUUGCGCUAUGAUUUACUACCCCUACUACCCAGGCCAAAAUGAAAACAUUCCAGAGACCAUCUCAGCUCCCAUGGGAGGAUGCAGCUCAAUGCUGCACUAUCGGCGCAAUCGGCUAAACCAAACACAUGACCAUCUCUACCCUUAAAGGUCAGGUACCCUUUUACUCCUGGGUGGGAAGA